AUGGAAACUUUUGUGGAAAAUAAUGAUGAGACACUUGUACUCAAAGACGGAAUCGCAACUCCAAAAGUGAAAUCGUAUGUGCCAAUUUUAAAGGAUCGAAAUGGAAGCGAGUAUCUUCAGAACAAUGAGCUGUUUCGUGGAAAAUUUCUAGUCAAAGUAACAGUAAUUGUAGUUUGCUUGCUUUUCCAGUACUGUAUGAUUCAGGGCCUCAUCGGUCGCGGUGGUUACGGCCAAAUCUACUACGGCUCCGACGCCACGUUUCCCGAAGACGUCGUUAUCAAAAUCGAGCCAAUCGUGAGAAACGGGAAAACCGGAAAACGAAUGCUCCUGGAGCAGAAGAUUCUGUAUCGUCUUCAAGGAAGACCUCAUGUUCCGAUUAUGUGCGCUUCUGGACACACGGAUCAUUUGAAUUUUAUAGUCAUGCAACUAUUGGGACCAAACAUUGGAGAUUUGAAGAAAAGAAGUCCGGCAAGACGGUUGGGCCCGACUACGGUAGCGCGAAUCAUGAUCCAAGGAAUAGCGGCUCUUCGCGAUGUUCAUUCUCUUGGAUACAUUCAUCGAGAUGUGAAACCGGCCAAUAUGUGUUUUGGAAUCACUCAAAAUACUCGACACGUUCUGAAACUCGUCGACUACGGUAUGGUUCGACGGUACAAGAAUCCGGAUGGAACCCGUCGGAAGGCACGUCAUCGUCCAGGAUUCCGUGGCACUCUCCGUUACUCUUCAGCUCGAGUUCACGAUGGAAAAGAGCAAGUUCCAUCGGAUGAUUUUGUGUCCAUGGCAUAUUCCGGAGCUGAGCUAUUACUGGUGAAUUUGCCAUGGAAACUGGUCUGUGUUGAGGAUAUCAAACAGGCGAAAUUGGAUUUUCACGCUCCAAAUUCUCCAUUUCUCCUUUUGACCGGACCGUACUUCUCCGUUUUCUGUGGAGCCAUUUUCAGUCUUCGUUCUGAUGAUGAGCCCGACCAUGCUUCAUUGCAAGCUCUUCUUUCGGAAAUGACCGGUGGAAAAUCAUUGAGAGAAGCUUACGAUUGGGAGGAAAACUAUCGCGAAGCCUGUGGAACUUCUACAACUGAAAGUGUCUGA